GGGCGGAGUAAUUCGUGCUGGUAUCUAUUGAGUGCAUGCGUGCGCGAGUGCGUGCUACGGUUUCAGCCUGUCACUCUCGUUGUGCCGCGGCGCGAACACGGGUAGCAAGAAGGACCAAAAAUCCGCCUGGUAUCAGUUGUUGUCCCUGGAAAGACUGUUUCCCCCCCAUCACUAGAGACACCUCUCUUGUUUUAAAGUGCGUCUGCUCUUCAAGGAGAAUAGCUGUGUGACACAUUACAAUGCUUCAAAUAAGGGACCUCAUCUGGGGAUUGUUAUUCAUCGGCUGUGCAGCUGCCAUUCAGGUGGAAAUUACUCCACCACAAGGGGAGAUCAGCGUAGGAGAUUCCAAAUUUUUCAUCUGCGAAGUGGUAGGAGAUGCUAAAGACAUAGACUGGUACGCCCCCAGCGGUGAGAAGAUCCUUCCCAACAGGGCAGACAUUUUUGUGAGCCGCAGUGAUGAAGCCACGUCGACUCUCACCAUAUACCACGCCACCGUGGACAGUGCUGGCAUCUACAAGUGUGUGGCAAAGGAUGGAGACAAGGAAGCCCAGGCCACUGUCCAAGUAAAGAUCUUCCAAAAGAUCACGUUCAAGAGUACUCCCAACCCGCAGGAGUUCAUCGAGGGUGAGGAUGCUGACAUAGUCUGUGAUGUUGUCAGUUCACCACCACCCACUAUUAUUUGGAAGCACAAGGGCUCCAAGAUCCAACCUGCCAAAGAUGUUCGAUUUAAGAUCAUGGAUAAUGGCCACCUGCAGAUCCGCAGCAUUAAAAAGACAGAUGAGGGCACCUACACUUGUGAGGCUCGUGUCAUGGCCAGGGGAGAAAUUGACUUCAAGACUAUGAAGGUCAUUGUUAACGUGCUUCCCACCAUCCGUGUCAGGCACCCAGAAGUCAACGCUACAGCAGACGUUGGUAAAUCAGCUUUACUGGCUUGUGAUGCAGAUGGCUUCCCGGAACCCACCGUGACUUGGGCACAUAACGGCGUUGUCCUUGAAGACGGCGAUAAGUACAGCCUCAAUGAGGAUGGUUCAGAAUUGUUAAUAAAACAUGUCACCAAAGUGGAUGAAGGAGAUUACACGUGUAUCGCCAAGAACAAGGCGGGAGAGAAAACGGAGGAAGUCAGCCUAAGCGUGUUUGUCCAACCCAGCAUUACCUACUUAAGUAACCAAACUGCUUCGGAGUUUGAUGAUCAAGUCACCCUGACAUGUCAGGCUUCCGGUGACCCAACACCUACAAUUUCCUGGAGUUUUGGAAACAAGGUCUUCACUGAAGGAGAACAGGCCUCUUGGACUCGACCAGACACAUACGAGAGCCUUGAUAGAAAUGUGGUGGUGCGCAGUCAUGCACGGGUGUCCUCUCUCACCUUGAAAAAUGUCCAGUUCACAUAUGCUGGACAGUACCUCUGCACCGCCAGCAACUCCAUCGGCCAGGACGCCCGGCACAUGUACCUGGAAGUCCGCUAUACUCCAAAGAUCCUGGGUUCGGUGACAGUAUAUACAUGGGAGGGAAACCCGGCCAACAUCAGUUGUGAGGUGGAGGCUCAUCCCGGAGCCUCGGUGGUUUGGUUCAGAGACGGCUUCCAGCUGCCCACUGCCAACAGCACUAAUAUGAAGAUCUAUAACACACCAUCCGUCAGCUACCUUGAGAUUACCCCUGAUUCUCAAAACGACUUUGGCAGUUACAACUGCACAGCGACCAAUGUGAUGGGUUCUGAAUCCAAGGAAUUCCUUCUUAUCCAAGCAGAGGUGCCGUCAUCACCUGUAAUUCAACAAGUGGAGCCUUUCUCAAGCACAGCAGUGGUAAAGUUUGAGGAGCCUGAUUCAAUGGGUGGAGUGCCAAUUAUCAAGUAUAGAGUGGAAUGGCGUUUGCCUGGCCAGGACUGGACUGGCAAGGAGGAAGAUGUUGAGGAUGACAUGACCGGGAUCACCAUCACUAAUUUGAAACCAGAAACUACAUAUGAGGUCAGGAUGUCCGCCAUCAAUGGGAAAGGUGAAGGCGAGAGCAGCCAGGCCAGCACUUUCAAGACUGAGCCAGUCCGGUAUUCUGUCACAAUUUCAUCAGAGAUACCACCCCCUAUUGCUGCCACCAGUAUGGCCCGUAAAGGGGAACCCAGUGCUCCCAAACUGCAGGCCAAGGUGCACAGCCCGGGCAAUUCUCUUAAGAUCAACUGGAUCACGCAAGAUAACGGUGGUUCCAAGAUUAAACAUUACCUGAUCAGAUACAAGGCUAAGCGUGUAUCUGACUGGAAACCAGAGCUCCGCCUUCCCAGUGACAGUACCUAUAUCGUCCUGAACAGCCUGGAAUGGAACACGGAGUAUGAGGUUCAUGUGGUGGCAGAGAAUGAGCAGGGCAAAUCUAAGCCUGGCAUCCUCACCUUCAAGACAGAUACAGAGCCCACAACUGUCCCAGACGCCAUGGGUGGUGGCUCAGGCAUGGGCACCGGGGCCAUCGUAGGCAUCCUUAUUGUUGUCUUUUUCCUGCUGCUGGUGGGCGUGGAUGUCACCUGCUAUUUCCUCAACAAGUGCGGGCUCCUCAUGUGCAUUGCUGUUAACUUCUGUGGGAAAGCUGGCCCAGGCGCAAAGAGCAAGGACAUCGAGGAGGGCAAGGCGGCAUUCACCAAAGAUGAGUGUAAGGAGCCUAUUGUUGAAGUGAGAACAGAGGAAGAAAACACUCCAAACCAAGAAGGAGGAGGUGCCACUGAGCCCAACGAGACCACGCCAUUGACAGAACCUGAGCCUGCUGCUGCAGACACCACGCCGAUGGUGGUAAAUCUGCUGUCCUCCACAGCUGCUAACUCAGUUACUGAGAGCUUUAGCACGGCACAAAGCAGUCCUGCUAGUGAGAGAACCACACUAACAACCAACACCUCCAGCCCAACCCAAGUGGCCCAUGCCAAGUCUCACCCUAAAAACAGCCCUACAGCCAAUUCGCAUAAAUCUAACCCCCAACCUGAUGUUGGACCUCUGGUUGACCUGAGCGACACCCCUAAAGUUGCCGCAUCUUCCGACCCAACACCCCUUGUAUCAGAGCUAGUCAGCCCACCCUCUGCUAAUGCUGAUGGGCCACAGAGUCAGCGGGACUCAGUCAAAGCCCCUGACAGCACCCAGAAUAAGGACUCACAAGUAGACGGCCCGACCAAGGAUGUUCCUAAUGCCCCGUGCACAGACUCGACCACACCAGCCCAAAAUGAUGGUAAGACUGUGAAGGAUGAUAGCACUAAAGGCGAGGCGGAGGUGAAGAAUGCCACAGCCGAAGUGAAGACAGUUCCCAACGAGGCUCCUCAGAUGAAUGGCAACGAAAGUAAAGCGUAAUCUUCUUGGCCGUGAGCAGCAGGAAGAAGAGGGCACGUAGGGUUGGGAGGGUUUGGGUUGUUGGGUUUUAAGGUUAAAAGGGGUUGGUCACAGUCACUGAAACCUCAAAGCAAUUUCACACACCACCCCGUUGCAUUAGAAAAACCAACAAGAAGCAACUGAAAAAAAAAAAUUAGAAAAAAGAAAACCAUUGGUCUCUUUCUCUUUCUGCAGUGUCUUCUGACCAGGAAUAUGUAAAGACCUCAUGCACUUGCCUUAGUUCCUUUACAUAGGUUUACCUGUUUAUUUGUCACAGAAAAAAAAAAGAUCUCUUGUAAUUCACCUUCUUUCUUUGACUUAAUAUUAAAUUGAUCAGCGGAGAAGAAUCGACAUUUUCCUGUAGAUAAACAUGGUUGGACUGUAGCUUUACUUCACUGAUUACUGCCUUCAUGAUGUACACACAUGUAAGUCAUGUACAUUACCGAUACUACUAUUCUUUAUGCAGUAUGGUCAUCAUCAUGGUAAUGCAUUAUGAAAAAAUGGGUCUUUUUUUUUCUUCUGUCGAUAUUUUUUGUGUUUGAAUAAUAUGCAGAUAAACUGCCUAUUUAGCUUUUUUUUUUAUGUGUUAUUUCCAGUGCUAGAGAUUAGAACAUUAGCAUGCCUGAUUUUGCAAGUUUACUGUAUUUCUGUAUGUGUUGCUGUCAUUUGGUUCAUAUUCAGACUUUUUUUUUGUUGUCUCUGUGUGUUUCUGGUCCAGAUGUAUCCUAAGCCAUGAUAAAUGAAAGAAAACACCAGUGAAAAAUGUAUCAUGCUAUAAGUACUACUAUUAAUUGGUUUCAACCCUGUUGUCCUAAAAAUGACAUUUAUAUACAGCAAUCUAAUGGUUUUUUACAAGACACGUAGCUAAUGCAUGCUUACAAAUUAUUUUAUAGAUUUGCUCCGAGUUAAGGGCAAGUCUAUAAACAGUGCAUUAUUUGAAUUACACGCAUCAACACGUUUGGGGUAAAACACAGAGAAGGUGAUCAUGCAUACAUUUUGACUGAAUGUAUUUGUGCAGCCUAUUAUUAAGUUGCUUAUUAAGUGUAUAUAAACUUAAGUUUCAGGAGACAAGUUGGGUUUAAAUUAAGUAGUGACAGUGAAGAAUACAGAAGAGUACAAAUGUGUUUCUUUGCAGUGAUUACAUCUCUUAAAGUCCAGCUUUCAAGGCUGGAUGAAGUCUUGUUUCAAAGAAGAAUUGCUACCUUAUUUUUGUCUGAAUUUGGUGAAAACUUCUGUUGCAUACUCGAUAUCAUCAGUAUCCUAAAACCCACUAGUCAUUUAUUAAUACUGUUUUUGCUCUUCACCAGCUCAAGCAAGUUAACAUGUGACCAAAUGUAAUAGACGGAUUGAUCAUUGAUUAUAUAUUAAAUAAAUGGGACCAAUAAAAUGGGAUGCUACAGGAUGUAAAUAAUGGAAAUCUGACUUUUGCCACUAUUUCUUCUGGGUAGUACUUCGGUAAAUUAAGCUAUAUAGAUAGAUCUGCAACUAAUAUUUGACACUGUCUGCUCUCUACCUUACAUUGAAAAUAAUGCAACUUCCUGUGUAUAAUUUUUGGUCUCACUGUUUGACUACAGCAAACCAUUACUUUUAGUCCUUGUGAGUUUACCUUGGAAGUGGUAUAUAACAACACAAACCCAUUAACGUUUUUAGAUUAAUGGAGGAAAUUUACCUUUGCCUCCUUUUCUCUCACAUGCUGUCACCUCAAAGUCCCCUUCUAGAGGUCUCCUUUAAGCAUUUUUGACCAGCUGUUUACAUGACAGCUUUGGGCUUAAAUGUGAAUCAGAGGCCAGAUGUGUUCAGUUCAGUUUGUUUGUUUGAACUUUAGCUUAGGGUUGUUGAAUAUUUGACACCGAUUUGUCUUGACUGGGCUAACCUCCAUCACUCACCGGGAGAUUCAAAAGCUCAGCUUGUUUAGAUUCGCUUACCUGUCAGUGAUUUAACCGUCUAAUCGUCUCAGCUGUUGUUUUUACACUUGCACCACAGCUGCACUCAGAGUGAGCUUGUGUUACCACUGCAUUUACCAACAAAGUCUAGUUGCUGGAAACUUUAUUAAAAAUGUCCGAAAGUUUGUAGAUGAGUUGGUUAAGUGAUCAUCUUGAGCUUUUUGUGUAACCAGUCUGUAAUUGUAACUGCUUCUUUCUAUUAGGAAACCUAAUAUCAAUCAUUCUCUGAUCAUUACGGAAAUUUGUGAGCAUGUGCAGUACAAAGACAUAAGCUGCUUGUGCAUAGAAACCCAUACCAUAAAGCUCCCGGUGCACAAAUUUUGCGUUAAUGCCAGAGGAGGUUUUAAAUUCUGCAGUUAUUGAGUCAGCAGAGCAUUGGCAGCAUUUACACUCUAUGCGUCUCAGCACUCAGCCACUCUGCUCUAUAACUUCAUAGGGUCUGCCAAGUCAUGGCUGAGUGGCUGUGGUUGCUAAACCUUUCCACUUUGUAAUACCACUUACAGCUCAUUGGGGGAAAGGGAAGAAAUUUCGCAAACUGACAUGUUGCAACGGUGGCAUCCUAUUACAGUACCACGUUCAAAUUGAGUGAGCGCUUUAGAACGACCCAUUUUUUCACAAAUGUUUCUAAAACCAGACUUUGUGGCCAAGAUGCUUGAUUUUAUACAUCUGCAGCAGUGGGUCUGAAAACCCCUAAAUUCACAGAUUUUUUUUAAACCAAUAAAAAUAUCCAACCUGUCACAGACCAUAAGGAUUUCUAAAGAAAAAUGUGAUUAAAAACCUGGAUUAGUGACUUGAAAUGAAUGUACACUCUAACCUUUUCAGCAAAUCUUAACGAACUUGGCCUCUUUUAAGCAGGAAUUAAACGUAUCCUUGGAAAUGAAAGAUCUCGUCAUAUGUUUAGAAGUUCACCGAAAACAUUUUUUUCCACACUGCUAUGGAUUUGAAAGGUAAUGAGACUAUGUGUGACCUUUUUUGUACAGUGUUCCUCCUACUUUAGGCUGCAAGCUAGUACACUGAAUGUGUGAAGCCAUUGAGUCCUUUGUCAUAGAGUUGAAAUAGCUUGUGAAACAUGUAGCUGAUAGUAUGCGACAGAAUUAGCAACACCGAUGUACAGAAGUCUGACAGCAGCAAACUGGAAAGACACAGUGCCUUUAAAUAUGAAAAUGUUGGCAUGCGAUCAGUUUCUUUCAGUGUCUGCAUUAAACAUUUCACAUCUCCAUUUCCCUGCUGAUUUGCUUUUUCAUUUACUGCAUUUGAUUUGUUAAUUAAGCCGAGCUUUGUUGUCUCAUAUAAGUCUUAAAUGGCUGUAUCAUUGUGUUAUUAUGAGUGCUUGCAGUGUCCUUGCUGAAGGAGAAUUCUGGUUUAUUAUAAUUUGGUCUUGUAUACAGUAUUUAUGUUUGGUCAUCACUUCUGUCAUAAUAAAUGGAAAUUUCAAAUGCCUAAAUACACACGUGGUGUAGAUCUUUAUAAUUAACCU